AUGUCUACGAUAUCGAGAACGUUCAGGAACCUCCGAAAGAUCGGAAUCAAGGACUACUUUGUCCAAAUGCUGUACAUCGGUGAUACCAAAUGGGGUAGACUCGUAGGCACCGAUCUUGCCGGCAACAAGUUCUUCGAAAACACCGACGAACUUCCUCUCCGAACUCGCUGGGUUGAAUACGCCAAGCACGAUUACGACGCUGCCCAUGUCGACCCCGGUUGGCACGCCUGGCUCGCCUACAUGGUCGAUAAGCCCCCCACCGAGGAUGCCCUCCUCCAAACCAAGGCCAAGACAGCUAUCCCCAACUAUACGGCCACAAGGGGCGCCUUUAAGACGUAUAACACGUAA